UUUCCAGUCUUUCUUCCCCUUUGCUCUGCGUGCACCAAAAGCAGCAGCGGCAAGAGGCCGAGAGCCCGUCCCUCGAUUUCAUUCAGCCAGUCUCCACCAAUCCGGAACCUGUUCGAUAAAAUGCUUCAGGGGGGCGAAGGGCGGGGGCCGCCGACCGACGGGACAGCGGGGACUUCCGACGGGGACGGCGGUGGUGGCGGCAGCGGAGGCGGUGGCCGUGGCCGCGACCGCAUCAGUGACCUCCCAGACAAGAUGCGCCACCAUAUCUUUUCCUUCAUGCCUGCGUGGGAGGUGGUCCGCACGAGCAUGCUCUCGAGGCGGUGGCGCAACAUCUGGGCCUCCGCGCCGUGCCUCGACAUCCACUAUCCGUGCGGCUGCGUCGACGGCCCCAACGCCGGCCAGGAUUGGUACGCCCAGUUCGUCAAGCACCUGCUUCUCAAGCGCAGUUUGUUCGAGCCGCUGGACACGCUCCGGCUGCAUUGGAACCACGACGACGCCAACACGUGGAUCGAGCAUGCUCUCAGACGCAAUGCGAGACAUAUCGAGCUAUCCGGUGAUCAGCAUCGACCAAGGCUGCGACCAAAGUACUGGAUCUUCCUUUAUGGCAACCUCAAGAUCCUGCAUCUCAGCCACUUGGAAAUGAACAACAACCCCCUCUCGCAGCUCUGUUCUAGGUGCACCUCUUUGGAGGAACUAGAGCUCAAGAACGUCUACAUAUAUGCCUCGCACAUUCAAUCAACCUCACUCAAGCGUUUGACUAUGGUCAGAUGCGUCAACCGUUGCGGCCUCUCUGUUGAUGCUCCCAACCUUGUUUACCUGCGCUGCAUCAGACCUCACAAUUUUGUUCCUCGGAUCGUGGACUCGUGCUACCUAUUGACAGCCACUAUCAUGCUUGACGACACUUGCUUGACGUCUCGUUUGGCCCCUUGCCGCAGCUGUGCGAAUGAUGAGAACCCUGUGCACGGUGAAUCUCAGUCUGCAUCUGAUGAUAGUAGGCCUGAAGAUUCUGAUUCUGAGGACCCUGGGCACAGUGAAUCUCAAUCUGCAUCUGAUGAUAGUAGGCCUGAAGGUUCUGAUGCUGAGGUCCUUGGGCACAGUGAAUCUCAAUCUGCAUCUGAUGAUAGUAGGCCUGAAGGUUCUGAUUCUGGGGACCCUGGGCACAGUGAGUCUCAAUCUGCAUCUGAUGAUAGUAGGCCUGAAGGUUCUGAUGCUGAGAACCUUGGGCACAGUGAAUCUCAAGCUGGACCUGAUGAUAAUAGGUCUGCAGAUGCUGAGGACCUUCGGGACACUGAAUCUCAAUCUGAACCUGCUGCUGAUAGCUCUGCCGUAUCAGAUGCUGAGCACCCGGACAACAAUGACGAUGAUGCUGAGAUUGCAGAUGUGUAUUCAGGUGACGAUGAUGAUUAUGACGACGAUGAGAUUGCAGAUGUGUAUUCAAGUGAGGAUGACUGCUACGGAACUCCAACUCGUGGUGGCCAUGGCAUUCUUCGCAGCCUCUCCAAUGUGAUAACAUUGAACUUGAGAGCACACUAUGGGCAGCUUCUACUAUUCAAUGAAAUUAAGAACUGCCCUGAGUUCAGAAACCUGAGGACUCUAUCGCUUGGUGAAUGGUGCACAGAUCCCGGCUUUGAUUCAUUGUCAACCAUGCUGGGGAAAUCGCCCAACUUAGAGAACCUUUUUAUUCACCUCCCGGCCUACAGCAAUCCAAGAGAAAGAUCAUUUACUUGCAACAACCUGAGGGUGAAGAUCUCAUAUUCAAUGAGCGAUGGCAGACUGGCCCAUCAGUUGGAAACCUUCUUAUGCGCCAAUUAUGGUUCAAGGGAGAAGCGCAAGGUGCAGGACGAAGCUGCCAGUAGCCCAGCGAAGUAAGGUGUGGCUUGCAUAGUGCAUACUGCUUCUAAAUGAGGACCAGCUUGUUACUGUCCUACCAUGUCAGUAAGUGUUUUUUUUUCGAAACGAGGCAACCGUGUCGGUAAGUGUGACCUUGGGGUAAAUUGCAGCCGGGACGCAAUUGCUCAGAUGGCAGACACAGUAAAUGGCAGAUUUUUGUCAGGUGCAUCGCGCCGUCGAGUUCUUAAUGCUGGUAAAUCAGUACAUGUGUUUGUUGUGUUCCAUGUAGAUGUUAGAUCAAAAUGUAUAGUGACUCUGAAGCCUGUGGUAUCCUCUGCAGUCCUCCUAGGAGGAGCACUGCACGGAUUGAUUUGGCACUUGGUGAGCCUGGAUCCGCACUCUGAGUUCCUCAAUGCUGUUGGUGUUUGUGAGUUGUGACUAGGAUGGAUGGUUGGUUAACUGAGUUUCUGGGAUUUGACCGGCAAAAGUCCAUAAAACUCUUGUGCAAUUUUGCUAUUAAUCAGAUUCUGAAUCAGAGAUACUUCUAUCGCAUUUCAUUUCUGUCAAACUUGUAUACUGGAGAUCCUGAAAAAUGUAAAAAUAACAGGUAGAUAUGAAUUGAGCUAGUAGCAUAUUGUCACAGAUAGCCACUGCGAGAAGUGCUUGUCCCGAAUUGCAUUAGAGCCGGAAGCGCCGAAAGAGGUGUAAAAAGGAGGGUCAACCUGUCGGCUCAAGAGAUGCGUCUUAAUUAAAAACGAGCAAGUUGAAUGCAGUUGCUCCCCCGAGCAAAAUCCCAAGUACAGUAUUGGUUGAUGGCAUAGACGAUCGAUUACAAUAGUUGCGAAGAUAGGAACAUCGAUGUAAGCCUGGCAACGAAGACCAAAUUAAGCAAUCUCGGGCGGGGACCUCCACCAGCGAGCUCUGCCCCGGCGGCGCGGCGACCUCCAUCACCACCCAGCACGGCAGCACCCGUACCCGGUGAUCCUGCCGGUUGACAGGUCUCGCGCGCUCUCACACCUGGCUACGGCACGUCCGCGUCUCCCGAGCUCGGCGGCGCGUCGAGAUCUGCCUAGACGGUGCGGCCGUGUCCUCCGAGCUUGGCGUAGCGAUUUCAGUCAUUGUAGACUCUGGCAGGUGAUUUCCGCUUACUCUUCUUUACACCUCACUGUUUUAUGGUUCAGCAAUGCUACAACUACGGACGUAGGUCUAGGAUUAUUGUUUAUGGUUCUGUUCAUCGGUCCAGGUCAGGGUUCUCUAUUUUCUGCACACAAAAAAAUACCGGAUUGACUGUUACGGAUUUUGUUUAUUUGUGUUCGGAGAAAAGAGAAAUUUAGGAAUCAAUUGGGAUGACACUUCAUUUCAGAUAAAUAGUGCUUAGAGCCUUAGACUGACUACAUGUGAUUUGGAGAGUAGUACAAGUCACCAAAUAUAUAUUUUUAUAGGACAUUCCAAAACUGUAACUUUCAGUAUUAGAAAUUCAUGCUCCAAUCCCUCUGUCCCAUAAUAUAAGAUGUUAUUACAACCUGCUAACUGUAUAUUGAUUGUAAUAACAUCUUACAUUGUGGGAAUGAGGGAGUAUGUUUUUAGCUACUCUCUAAGAGGCAUGUCCAUGUGGUUUUAUAGGGCAUCACUGCCUCGAUGGCCUACACUUUUUGCAUGGCUAUGAGCCAAUGAUGCUGGGACCCGAACACACAGGUGGUCAAAUUACAGAGAUCGAUCAAUCGGUUCAUGCUGGCAAAAGGCGAAGAUCAAAGUCCAAGGUGUGGAAGGAGUUUACCCCGCUGUUUAGUGGUCAGAGCGCAGAGUGUAAACAUUGUCGAAAGCAGCUUAGCGCAAAGAGUUCAGGAGGAACCAGUCAUUUGUCCCGGCAUCUAAAGAUCUGCUCUGCACGACCUGGAAACACCACGAACAGCCACACUGUUUAGCUCCACAGCCUCUUGAAGAGCUCUCUAAGACUACAAGCACAAACCUUUGCCCGCUUCCAGUCAUGAGCAAUGCAGGUUUUAGGCACGUUUUGGCUGGUAUGUAUCCUACUUCUAGCAUGAUAUCACGGGUCGCCACUGAAGAACAGUUCAUCACUAUGUUUCAGAAUGAAAAGCUGAAACUUAGGGAGGAAAUAGCAUUUGCACCCGGGGGAAUUUUCUUGUCUGUUAGAAACUGGGAACUUGGACAGCAAGCUUUUACGUGUAUGACAGUGCACUUCAUUAAUAGGGACUGGAAGAUGCACAGAAGAAUCAUCAGAUAUUUCUGUUCACACCUUGGAUACAAGCCAGAAUACUAUAUCGGCAUCUUGCCUAAUUGGCAAAGUUUCAUGUGUAUAUCUACUAAUCUACCACGACAAACAGUCGAGGAAUAUAGUCUUGAGAAUAAGCUUUUGGGAAUUGUGUUGUGUGAGUCAGUGGAGGAUACAAUGAUAUUGGACUUGGAGAAGAUUCUUACAGGGAAGAACUAUCUUCUUGCCAAAUGUAAGUUAAUAAAUAUACCAUGUUCGGUGGAUGUGCUUCAUCAGCUCUUCAUUUCUGUUCCGAAUGGCGAUGGAAACAAGUAAAAAAUGGAUUGAUUACAUGACGUACUCUCCACUAUGGAAGGAAAAAUAUCAACAAAUUCUUUCGAGAAUGUACCUUCACAGACCCUCUUUCGGUUCCAAGAGAUGGUACUCGACUUUCUACCUAAUGGAGGCUGUGUUGCAAUUCAAUAAGAAAUUUCCAAAUCCUAUACAGAUGGACUCUGGUUGGUAUCCGUCCAAACCAUCUUCCGAGUCACUUGAAGCAGCAGAAAGUUUCUGUCUGGUUGCAAGGCCUAUUUAUCAUGCAAUCAGAGUAUUAUCCAGCCCUCGCUCGGCUAGCAAUUCAUAUUUCCAUGCACUCUGGAGUGUGAGGACAGUUCUGCAGGAGUCAUCUGGUAACAUGUGUAUGGAGCGUGUUCUUGAUAUCAAGGACAUGUUGAAAACUUUUGAUGAAAAAUGGACAAAAUUGUAUUUGUGGCUGUCUGUGGCUGUCUGUGGCUGUCGUGCUAGAUCCUAGAUAUAAGAUGAGAUUUCUUGAACAUUGCUUUAGACAAGCAUACGGUAAUAGUGCCAAAAUGUACAUAUCUGAUGUGCGAGGAAAGAUUUAUGAGUUAUUUUUUCGAUACUGUUGCCGUGCUGAUGAACCGAGCAGAAACAACAAUAACGGCAUGGAGAUGAAUACUAAUAGCAGUGAACCAUUAGGUUUCACAGAUCAGAAUUAUCAUGAAAAAACAUCAUAUGAUGAUUCUUUGAGCGAACUCCAUGCGUACCUGGAUGGAAAGCUCUGUUCUCCGAAUGAUAUCAACUACCUAAGCAGGGAAGCCUUAUCUCAGGAUGGCCAUUUUGAUAUCCUGGAAUGGUGGAAGGCUAAUGCUUCCAUAUACCCAGUACUUGCUGCGGUCGCACACGAUGUCUUAGCAAUAUCUGCAUGUGCGGUCUCAGAAGAAUCCGCAUUCGAUGAAACCGAUGAACGGGUCUAUCUGUUCAAUCAAAAGCUGAGUCAUGAAAUGGCAGAAGCUGUAAUCUGCACUCAGGAUUGGUUCCAAGAUUCAGGAAGGAGUGACACGAAUGGUGUGAACUGCUGUGUGCCUAUUUAACUCACGUGACAGAGACUCUGGAGUGGACCGGGGUUUCUAAAUUGGCAACUCGCAGGCUGUACUUUGCAAUAAGUAGGUUCAGAGUCA